UUCCCUUGUCCUUGCUUCCUGCCUUUGUAGCUUUUGUAAACAUGUCUUCUGAAUUCAACCAGUUCAUUCCGGGUCUGCCCGACGAACUCGCUCUCGAUUGCCUCACCCGCCUCCACUACACGGUCCAUCGGAUCGCCGCCGGAGUCUGCCGCGGCUGGCGAGACCUCGUUCGCAGCCGCGAUUUCUACUACCACCGGAACCGGACGGGCCACACCCGCAAAGCCGCCUGCUUGGUCCAGGCUCUCCCCGUCAAGUCCGAGUCGGACGGCCGGAAACCGCUCGGGCCGCUGAGAUACGGGUUGUCCCUGUUCGACCCGGUCGGAGCUACUUGGGACCGAAUCGAGCCCAUUCCCAAAUACCCAGAUGGCCUUCCUCUGUUCUGUCAGGUGGCGAGCUCGGAGGGGAAACUCGUCGUGAUGGGCGGGUGGAACCCGGUCAGCUGGGACCCGGUGAGGGACGUGUUCGUGUACGAGUUCACGACUCGGAGGUGGACUCAGCGCAAGGACAUGCCGUCGACCCGAUCGUUCUUCGCCGCCGCCGCCGUCGACGGGCGGGUGUUCGUCGCGGGUGGCCACGACGAGAGCAAGAAUGCGCUGAACACGGCGUGGGCCUACGACAUCCGGACAGACGAGUGGGCCGAGUUGCCCCGGAUGUCGGAGGAGCGAGACGAGUGCCAUGGCGCGGCAAUCGGGUCGGAGUUCUGGGUGGUGAGCGGGUACGACACGGAGAGCCAGGGCGGGUUCAAGAGCAGCGCCGAGUCGUUCGACCCGCAAACGGGUCGGUGGAGGCGAGUGGAGGACGCGUGGAGGGCGAGCCAGUGCCCGAGAUCGUGCGUCGGAUGGGUGGGGGAGGACGGCAAAUUGGGGAGUUGGGCGGAGUCGGACCCAGGGGUCCAAGUGGGAACGAGCGCGGUGGAGCUGGGGAGCCGGACCCUGGUGACGGGUUCGGGUUACCAGGGCGGGCCGCCGGGGCUGUAUAUAGCGGAGGGGGGGCAAAAAGGUAAAUUAGUGAAGAUUGAUGUAGCUGAAGAGUAUUGGGGAUAUGUGCAGUCAGGCUGCUGCGUUGAAAUCUGAUGGGAGAGAGUGAGUUGAGUUGAGUUGAGUUAAGUUAAGGCGGCGGCGGUGUUUGUUUCCACUGAGUUUUCACCUUUCCCGGUAUCCCCCUCCCCCCGCUGUACUUAAACAAAUCAUAUUACGUACACAGUAUAGAUGAUCCCUCCCUAUUCAGUGUAUUGUUAUAUUUAUCCUCAGUUUUCAUGGACGUGGUGUGUUUUAUUGUUCAA